AUGCACACAAGAAGUCACGAUGUUAAAGAAUCCUCCACUCAUCCAGAAGUGAGAGACAUGAAGCAUGGUUACAGCGCAGGAGACUCCUCUGAAACUCUUCCAGGUGGUAGAGAGAGAGGUCCUCGUGAACAUUUUGAAGAAAUUUGUGCAGACGACAAUUAUGAAGUUGCCAGUCAUCACAUGAACGUGAGAGGAGAUUACACAGUGGUCUUUAGACACAAGUAUGGAGGAAAGGAUCAAACAUUCCCUAACAUCUCAAGAGAGAAGAUUGAAAGCUGUCCAUCCAGAAUUAAAAGUAGAAUUCUUGAGAAAUGA